AUCUAAUGGGUAGACGCAACAGAACCGCACUUUUACCUACUCAUUUACCCCAGCUUCAAAACUUGAUAAAGCGAGAUCCAAAGUCAUAUGAGGCUGAAUUUCUUCAACAAUGGCGACACUUUCAGUCUGCACUUUCAAUUUUUUGCUUAAAGCCCGAUGAAGAAUCAAAGGAAGUAUCAGAUCUAGUUACCUUCAUCAGUCAAGUGGCACAGUGCUACCCCGAAAUAACCAAGGAUUUCCCUCAGCAACUGGUCGAUCUCUUACAAGAGCAUUACAUGGCUCUUCAUCCAGAAGUCAGAAAGAGUUUUGUCCAAGGGCUUAUUCUUCUUCGAAAUAAAGGCAUUCUGGAUAAUACCCGUCUUUUACCUUUGUUCUUUACCUUGUUUAAAUGUAGAGACAAGCAGCUUCGAGAACUGCUUUAUAGUCAUAUUGUCAACGAUAUCAAGAGCGCCAAUGCCAAAGUGAAAAAUAACAAGUUGAACAAGACACUUCAAUCCUUCAUGUUUACCAUGCUAGAAUCUGCUACAACAGGAAAUAGUGAUGAAAAUGCUAUUGCUGCUAAAAAGAGUGUUGAUGUCUGUAUUGAUUUAUAUCACAAGAACGUCUGGAACGAUGCGAAAACAGUCAAUGUGAUCGCUGAAGCUUGUUUUUCCCCUGUUACAAAGAUUUCGGUUACUGCUGUCAAGUUCUUUUUGAACAGCAAUGAAGUCAAUGAUGAUGAUGAAAACGAUGAUGAUGAUAUCCCUGAUUUAAAGAAGAUACAGAUGGCCAACUUACACAGCAAAAAGACAAAAGCAAAGGACCGCAAAUUAGAAGCAGCCAAGAAAAAGAUAAAGAGAAAGUCCAAAUCAAAAGACAAGGCAGAAGGUUUCAACUUUUCAGCACUUCAUCUCAUAAACGAUCCUCAGGGCUUUGCUGAGAAACUGUACUCUAAGCUAUCCACCAAGGAGGAUCGUUGGGAAGUUCGUCUGAUGAAGAUGAAUCUUGUGUCUCGUGUGAUUGGUAUUCACCAACUGACCCUUUUGGGAUUCUAUCCUCUGCUCAUCAAAUACCUUCAACCUACACAGCGAGAUGUCACCAUGGUCUUGGUCUGUGCCGCACAGGCUUCUCACUCGCUUGUGCCUCCUGACGUUCUCGAACCUGUCUUGAAAGCGAUUGCAAAUAACUUUGUUACUGACCGUGUGGCAAAUGAGGUAAUGGCAGUUGGUAUCAACGGUAUACGUGAAAUUUGUGUAAGACAACCAUUGGCUAUCGACGCUACUUUACUGCAGGAUUUGACUCAGUACAAGCAGCAUCGUGACAAGGGCGUUCUUAUGGCCGCUCGUUCUUUGAUUGCUCUGUACCGUGAGAUCAAUCCAGAACUGCUCUUGCGCAAAGAUCGUGGUAAGAGUGCUUCUAUUCGUCUAAAGGACGGUACGAUCAAGGCAGUGCAGUAUGGUGAAUCGACAACUAACGUAAACGCACUUGAUGGACUCGAGCUUCUUGAUCAGGAAGAUAAAGAAGAGGACUGGGGUGAUUGGGAAGUUGAAGAAGAUUCUGAAGAGGAGAGUGAUGAAGAUGGUUGGAUUAAUGUGGCAAGUGAUGAUGAAGAUUUUGUUAAUGUUGCUUUGAGCGAUGAUGAAAAGGAUGACGAAGAGGAUGAAGAAAAGAAGAAGAAGAAGAUCCAAUACAAGGUUGGAGAGAAUGGUGAAAUCGUCAAGGCUCGUCGUAUUGGUAAACGACAGUUAAAGAAGCUUCAGGACGCAGAAGAGCAUGCAGAGAUGUCUGAAGAGCAACGUCAAAAGCUUUUGGAAGCUGUUCGAGCUCGUCAGGCAGAAGAAAAGGCUAAACAGGAAGCAAAUCUCAAAUUAGCUACAACAAGAAUUUUGACGCCUGCUGAUUUUGCUCGUUUGAACGAACUUCGCGCAAAUAAGGAAUUGGAAGUUGCUACAGGCAAGAAACGUGCCUUUGAUGAAAGUCAACACGAAGAACAAGUGGAUGAAGCGACUAUUCUUGGUCCUCGUAAGAAGACUAAGCAAGAUUAUCAACAGAGAAUGGCAUCUAUUCAAGAAGGCCGUGAAGGAAGAGAGAAGUUUGGAUCCAAGAAGGGCAAGAAAGAAAAGGGAAGUACGACAAACAAGGAAAAGGCUAGAAAGAAGAACUUCUUGAUGAUUGCACAUAAACAAUCUGUUGUUUGUAAAUCAAAACGUAGUUUGUUUGAUAAGCAAAAACAAUUAAGAGCCGCUAUUAACAAGCAAAAGAGACUCAAGCAUUAAAAAAUAGAUUUUGUAUUUAUAUUUCUUGGCAUUUUAAAUAAAAUUGCAUUCUACAGUCAUAUAUACCUAUGUCAUAACAAAUACACCAGAAGCUAGACUAAU